AUGAAGCUCUUUCUUGUCACCAUUCUAGUCACUCUGAUUCAAGUCUCCACAGCGUUGAAAGCCCAUCUGAAUGGCUGGUAUCCCUGUUCCGACUUUACUUUUUCGGAUGAAGGAAGUUCCGGUGAUCUAGUGGCCGAAUGCGCUAUGUACAAUGCACCACUGUGCUAUCCUGGCAUCUGUGAUUCCGCUGAAGCAAGCGAGACUACGGUCGAUAUCUUCGUGAAGCGGAUACUCGCAGUGAAUGAAGAUCCGGAUAAUGCCACGAACGUUUGGGUUCUACAAGGAGGUCCUGGUGACUCCUCCACAGCGAUGGAGUCUUUAAUGAUUGAUCUACAUCAACAACGUGACGGUACAGUGAAUGUAUACACGAUGGAUCAUCGGGGUACCGGACGCAGCACGUUUCUGGACUGCGUUGCAGCUCAAACGAUGACAACCGGUUCACCUGGUGGCUCGAAAAUUGACCCAUUAGAAGUGCCUGCUUGUGCACAAGACCUGCACUUUAAAUAUGGAGAUCUCACGUCAUUCUCAGUAACGAGUGCGGCUACUGACAUCGCAACGAUCAUUUCUAACUACACUAACGGAGCCAACACUAUUGUAUACGGUGUGAGUUACGGUACGGCGUUGGUAGAGCGACUCAUCCAUCUCAACCCUCCGACGGUCACGGGAUAUGUUCUCGAUAGUAUAGCGACUGUGUCUGGAGCUCCAGCGGACAAAUUCGAGUAUUUUUCAACGUGGAAUGUCGAUUUUGGUGCAGUGGGCGACAGAUUCCUCGCUCUCUGUGAACAGGACAACAAUUGUGCAGCUCAUUUUGCUCCAAAAGGUCUUAGAAACACGCUUCAGAGCGUACUUACAGAGUUCGACAAUGAUCCUAACUCGACGUGUGCUGCUCUCAUGUACGAUGUCAUCAGCGACCUGAAGUACGAACCACCGUCGCUAAUACUACGAGGAGCAUUGAGUGUGUUGUUGGGUCGGUUAACCCUCCGAAAGUUGAUCCCUCCCGUCGUGUACCGCUUGAACCGCUGCACAUCCGAAGAUGUUGAAGUAUUGACACAUUUCAUCUCUGCUCUCAACCAAGAUACCGCAUUUACCAGCCAAGACGAUGCAUUUUACUCGCCCUUGUUGUACUAUCUCAUCAUCUUUUCCGAAAUGUGGGAAUCGCCAUCCCCUUCGAUAGAAGUGAUGCGAACUCGGUUUACUAACGCUCGGAUCUCGGACAGUGAAGUGUAUAUGAAUACGCCAUUGUACUGCGCGUUCUCGAAGGAGAACUCGACUGUGUGCAAUAAGCUCAAUGUGAGCAGCUACGUCGACGAUGGUAUCAUCUACGACCACGAUCAGUACUGGAACAAGAGCGCUCAAAUCCCUGAACAAGCCAGUGUUUUACUAUUAAACGGAAAACUGGAUCCUAUGACGCCGUACAAGUACGCAGAGUACUUACUAGAAGCUCUCGAUGGGGACAAUAAGGAGUUGAUCACGUUCGAUUAUUCCGUUCACGACACUAUUUCGUCGACGCUGUUGGCCGAAGAUGGCGAGAGUGGUCAUACAUGUGGGUUGAAUUUGCUGGUCUCGUACGUGAAAAAUAGUGGCGACUUGAAGAAGAUGAACAAGUCGUGUGUGGAGAACCAACCCGAGUUCAACCUCACUGCACCGUCUGAAAUCGUACUGGAGUUUUUGGCUACAGAGGACGCGUACGAAGGGGUGUACAGCUCCGAUGUUAGCUCGAGCGAUGCCUUUUAA